AAAAACAGCUUCAACAAAUCGAGAAAACAACAUCAUCAAUAAUAGCUUAUUACCCCCAUCUUCUCUCUCUCUCUCUCUCUCUCUCUCUCUGGUCUCAAAUAAGCUUUUUUCUCGAACCUCCCGAAUCCUUUUUUUUUUUUUUUUUUUUUUUUUUUUUUACGCCUCUUCUUUCUUUUUUCUCUAUGCCUUGCGUCCUGGAUCUUUCUUUUUCCUCCUCGUAUCUCUUUCGCUUGUUUAUAAAGCUUCCAUUUUCAACAUAUUCCCUUUGACAACAUAAAUUAUAUAAUCACUAAUCUUUUUCUUAAUUAUUAUCUGAUCUGCCUCUAUUAUUGCGCUCUUUGCUUGAUUACUCUGUUGCCGUACCUUGAUUGUGGAUCACGAACAACUUCUCCCUCUACUUUGCCUUUCAAUUCUAGCAUAGCUGGAGCUCGAAUAAUCAGGACAGGUCAAACCAGUGUUUUCUACGAUUUCGAUUUUUUUUAAUUUUUUUUUUUAUAUUUCUUGAGAGGUGCGGCUUUUUUUAUUUAUUUAUUUUUUUAUUUUUUUGUGUAUUGGGAGAGAAGGAGAUAUAGAAAUAUAGAAUAUGCUGUAUUUGAAGCAGCCUAGCUCUGUUUUAUGCAAGGGUGUGGUUGUCUUUAUUGUUUCGGAGGAUUAAUUUGGUCAUUUCCUUUUACGAUUACUACUUAUUUUCUCAGAGAAGAAAUUUUGGAUUUCGUUUUGGAAAUUUAAAAAAAAAAGAAAGGGUGCAUGCUCUUGUGAUAAAUUCCCUGGGCCUGGGGCUCGGGGGAAGAUCGGGAAGUGGAACUAGAGACAGCAGAGAGUAGUAGUGGUUACUGAUGGCAUCAUCGGAGAAUGAGAGCUCCUCCCAAUCUUCACCAUCCUCUUCCUGUAUGCAGAAAUUCAAGCUCUACGAAACUCGAUCGAAUUUUUACAUGAUAGGGAGGGACAAGAGCAGGACGAAUUGGAGGGUGCUAAAGAUUGACCGGUUGGAUCCUUCUGAAUUAAAUAUUAGUGAGGAUUCUACCAUAUACACAGCAAUUGAAUGCUCUGACCUGUUGAGACGGAUACAUGAAGGAAACAAAGCCACUGGUGGACUGAAAUUCGUCACAACUUGUUAUGGAAUUGUUGGGUUCAUUAAAUUUUUGGGACCUUAUUACAUGCUGCUUAUUACGAAAAGAAGGCAGAUUGGUUCAAUUUGUGGCCACAAUGUAUAUGCAGUCUCAAAGAGUGAGAUGAUUCCGCUGCCAAAUCCUAGUGUCCAGUUCAAUAUCGCUAACUCUAGGAAUGAGAACAGAUACAAGAAGCUCCUAUGCACGGUGGAUCUCACAAAGGACUUCUAUUUCAGCUACUCUUACCAUGUCAUGCGUAGUCUUCAAAAGAACUUGUGUAAUAAUGUGGCAGACCACGUCCUAUAUGAAACAAUGUUUGUUUGGAAUGAGUUCUUGACACGGGGUAUCAGAAAUCAUCUCCAGAAUACUCUAUGGACGGUUGCUUUGGUGUAUGGUUUUUUUAAACAGGCCACACUUUCAGUUUCUGGACGGGAAUUUAAACUUACUCUCAUUGCUAGGCGUUCACGUCAUUACGCUGGCACGAGAUACUUGAAGCGAGGUGUGAAUGAGAGAGGAAGAGUAGCUAAUGAUGUUGAGACAGAGCAAAUUGUCUUCGAGAAUGUUAGUGAAGGAUGUCCAAUGCAAAUAAGUUCUGUAGUACAAAAUCGGGGCUCCAUUCCACUUUUUUGGUCACAGGAAACAUCGAGAUUGAAUCUUAAACCAGAUAUUGUUUUGUCCAAGAGGGACCAGAAUUAUAAAGCCACCAGACUUCACUUUGAAAACCUUGUCAAGAGAUAUGGAAAUCCCAUAAUUAUUCUGAAUUUGAUUAAGACUCAAGAGAGGAAGCCCCGAGAGUCAAUUCUUCGAGCAGAGUUUGCUAAUGCUAUUGAUUUGAUCAAUAAAGAUUUAUCAGAUGAAGACCGUCUGAGGUUCCUUCAUUGGGACUUGCACAAACAUUCUCGGAGCAAAGCGACAGAUGCUUUACUCCUUCUUGGAAAAGUGGCUGCAUAUGCGUUGACGUUAACAGGUUUCUUUUAUUGUCGGGUAACACCAGCCUUGAAAGUUGAGGGUUCCACAUAUCAACCUUCUCCUGAAAGUCUUGAUAGUGGCAACUCCUCUUCCCAGAAUCAUUGUGACAAUGACAACAAGGAUGCUUAUGAUAAUAAUUUACACGUUGACGACGACAACUCCAUAUUCUCUGAGAGAAGAGGGCAGUGGAGAGCAACAACCCAGUCCCAAGAGUUCUUCAGAACUCUUCAAAGGUACUAUAGCAAUGCAUACAUGGACGCAGAGAAACAGCAUGCAAUUAAUGUAUUUCUGGGGUACUUCCAGCCCCAGCAUGGCAAACCUGCAGUCUGGGAAUUGGGUUCAGAUCAACAUUAUGGUGGGCGAAAUGGAGAAACCAACCUAGAUGAAGAUGGAAGGUAAAUAGCUAAUUAAGUG